AGUCACGCUCACUCUCCACUCCCCCAUCCUCAUCUCGCGGGAAACCCAGCCAGCCCAAGAAACCGGCCACGAGUCUCUCUCCCUCUCCCUCACUCUCUCUCUCUCUCUCUCUCUCUCCCUCUCCGUCCGUCCGGACGGAGCAAGAGCGAACAAGGCCGCGAGACUGACGGCCGGCCGGCUUCCAAACCGGGAUUCGAUCUUGAUUCUUGUUUCCUGCAGGAGCCUAGCGGAGCUGACGGGCCGCCAGCCAGACCAGAGUCUGUGUGGAUUUCGUUUCGUCCCGCUGGUUAAUGCUUUCCCGAAUUGCUCGUCCGCCUCGCCACCGCUGGGGCCGCCGCUGUCCUCCUCCCCACUGCCGGCGAUUACUUCUUGCCUAAUUUGCGCAGCCCCCCGGCGCGCUGUUGCCUGCUAGCCCCGCAAGGCCGCAAUCCAUCGCCCGCUCGUCGGCCGCCGCUCGAUCGGUCGGUCGGUCGGUCAGUCAAUCCCGGCCCCUGGAUUGGAGUUCCCCCGGGACGGGGCCCAUGCCGACGGGUUUGGUCGCGCAUUUAUAGCCCCCCUCCCUCCCCUCCUCGCUCCCUGGGCGAGCGAGAUUGAUCCUCCUCCCUGCCCUCGCGCCGCAAGUAUCUGACAGGCGCGCUGAUUUGGGGGGGAUGGGCUGCUUCGGGUGCUUCGCCCCGGCGGCGCGCCGAGGGGCCGGCGACCUCAAGCCCUCCAAGCUCGCCCACCACUGCACCGACGACGACUCAGUCGCGGACGCGCAGAGGAAGGUGGCGCCGGACGUGGGGAGCGGCUGCGCGCACAGCUUCACCUUCAAGGAUCUGCUCGUCGCCACCGGCUACUUCAACGAGGGCAAUUUCAUCGGCGAGGGCGGCUUCGGCAAGGUGUACAAGGGCAAGAUCUCCAAGACCAACUCGCAGGGCGCUUCCGAUGCGCAGAUGGUGGCGGUGAAGCAGCUGGCGCGGGAGAGCGUGCAGGGCAGGAAGGAGUUCCUGGUGGAGGUGCUGAUGCUCACGGUGCUCAGCCACCCCAACCUCGUCAGCCUCGUCGGCUUCUGCGCGCAGGGGGACGAGCGGCUGCUGGUCUACGAGUACAUGCCCUUCGGCAGCCUCGAGAGCCACCUCUUUGAUGUGCCUCAUGGCAAGCCACCACUCGACUGGAAUACACGAGUGAAGAUAGCUGUUGGGGUAGCAGAAGGGCUCUCAUACCUGCACAACGUGGCAGACCCACCGAUCAUUUACCGCGACAUGAAAGCUGCCAACAUUCUGCUGGAUGAGGACUUCAGCCCGAAGCUCUCCGAUUUUGGACUGGCAAAAGUUGGGCCCGUUGGUGACAGGACUCAUGUGUCUACCAGGGUCAUGGGCACCUAUGGAUACUGCGCUCCUGAUUACGUGGUGAGUGGCAAGCUUACCAUGAAAUCCGACAUCUACAGCUUUGGUGUUCUUCUGUUGGAGCUGAUCACCGGGAGGAGGAUCUAUGAUGCUUCGAGGCCUAAGCCAGAGCAGAGUUUGCUAACAUGGUCAAGACCAUUUAUGCAUGACAAGAGGAAAUUCCACCGGCUGGCCGACCCAGCGCUCCGCGGCAGCUACCCGCCGUCGGCGCUCAACCAGCUGGUGGUGAUCAGCAUCAUGUGCCUGCAGGACCAGCCCCACGUCCGCCCCAUUAUGGCAGACGUCGCGAUAGGCCUGAACCAUGUCGCCAGCCAGCCCUAUGCUUCCCUGGCCUCCAUGGGCUCCCCGGCAUACAGCGGCUCACCGCAGUACAGCCGCACGCCGUCCAGGCGGCGAGGAGGCGGCGGCGGCAGCAGGAGGGUCUCGCAGUACGCGUCCUAGCCUCCUAUAGGCCUCACUGGGCCUGGCGAGAGAGAUGAGUGCGGUCGGUAGGUCGUUGAACAACCUGAAACUGUCGAAAUGUCAUAGAGUCGCGGCAGAGGGCUGUAUGAGAGAGAAACUGUUGAAAUGUCAUAGAGUUGCAGCUGACUGUGUGUGUGUGACUGUUGGUUUUUUUCGUUUUUUCGUGUUGUCGGUUGGUUCUAGCAGCUUCAUAAAUUGUGUGGCGAUUUUGUACAUAUGAUCAGUCAUGCGUAUUGGUCACUCCUGGGAUGACAGGGAAACAGCAAUGUAUUUGCUGUUUGGAUUUUUGGUCA